GGCGCGGUGCAUUGUGGGCCGACGGCUACUCGCGCUCCGUUCGGUUCUGCGACGCAAAAUGGCGACAUCCCUGGGCUCCAACACCUACAACCGGCAGAACUGGGAGGACGCGGAUUUUCCAAUUCUGUGUCAGACAUGUUUAGGAGAGAAUCCUUACAUCCGUAUGACCAAGGAGAAGUACGGGAAAGAAUGCAAGAUCUGUGCUCGACCUUUCACUGUGUUCAGAUGGUGCCCGGGCACACGGAUGCGUUUCAAGAAGACAGAAGUCUGUCAGACCUGCAGUAAGAUGAAGAAUGUUUGCCAGACAUGUUUGUUGGACCUUGAAUAUGGUUUACCUAUCCAGGUCCGAGACACAGGGCUCUCCGUUAAAGAUGAGGUACCAAGGUCAGAUGUGAAUAAGGAAUACUACACCCAGAACAUGGAGAGAGAGAUAGCCAACACUGAUGGCACUCGGCCAGUUGGCCAGCUUGGCAAGGCUACAAGCUCUAGUGAUAUGUUGCUGAAACUGGCCCGGACCACGCCUUAUUACAAGAGGAAUAGACCACAUAUCUGCUCAUUCUGGGUGAAGGGAGAGUGUAAGAGAGGAGAGGAGUGUCCCUACAGGCACGAGAAGCCAACAGAUCCCGAUGACCCUCUGGCUGACCAAAACAUCAAAGAUCGUUAUUAUGGCAUCAAUGACCCGGUUGCCGACAAGCUGCUUAAGCGGGCCUCGACUAUGCCCCGACUGGACCCGCCAGAGGACAAGUCCAUCACCACCCUCUACAUAGGGGGCCUGGGAGAUGCAGUGUCUGACGGAGAUCUUAAGAGUCACUUUUACCAGUUUGGUGAAAUUCGAACCAUUACUGUAGUCCAAAGGCAGCAGUGUGCUUUCAUCCAGUUUGCCACGCGGCAGGCAGCUGAAAUGGCUGCUGAAAAGUCCUUCAACAAACUCAUCAUUAAUGGACGGAGGCUCACUGUCAAGUGGGGAAGGUCUCAGGCAGCAAGAGGGAAGGAGGGCAUGAAGGACGGCGUCAGUGAGAUGGGAACUAGACUGGAUCCUGUACCUGGACUUCCUGGAGCUCUGCCUCCACCGCCACCGCUAGAUGAAGAGGCUCCUGCAAACUACUUCAAUCUUGACCCGAGCUCCUCUCCUGCUGUCAUGAACAUUGCUUUGCCCCCACCUCCAGGCAUCAACCCGCCUCCUCCAGGUUUUGGCCCUCCAAUGUUUCAUCCUAUGGGUCCCAUGGCCCCACCUGUGCCUCCUCCUAUGACGAUGAGACCUCCAGGUACAAUCCACUACCCCUCCCAGGAUCCUCAGCGCAUGGGUGCUCAUGGUGCACACGGCGCCCGUCAUGGCGAAUAACUGCUGGAGUAACGUCACACGGUUUCCAAGUGUCAUUUGUUUCCUCAUGACAAACCUGGCCAGGCGUGUUCACAGGAAAUGCUGCCGUUGGUUAGAGAACCAAGGACUACUUCUGGAAGAAAUAGACUGCAGAAGGAUCAGUUGUUUCUAGUAAACGCCACCUGCAGAGCAGCAAAGGAACUGAACAAGCACAGUCUGCGUUGCAAUAGAUCACAACUAUGUGCAUAAACUAUGACUUUGUCCCUCCUCACAGUUAAAAAGUAAAACAGCAUAAUACAGAAAAUAUUUCAAACAUAAGCGUACUGGCCGGUGUGACCAGGGUUAUGUAAAGCCAUUGUACAUAUGAAUACAUUUUUGGGGGCUAAACUUGUAUUUGUCUCUUUGUGCAAACCAUCACAUGGAGCUGGACAUUGAUAAUGAUUUUUUCUUUUUUGCUUAAUUUCAGUUUUUUUUUUUUUUUUUUUUUUCUUUUUGGUUUUUAACUCAAUUUUGAUAUUCCACAGCAUAGUGACUUAGUUUCUUGUAAAGCUGCAGUUAAACAUUUUUACUUGUCAUUAAAAUAACUACAUUUUGUCAA